CAGUGACGUCAGUGUCAUCAUUUUGGACGUGUCAAGUAAUAAAAGUUUGGGGUUAAAUUUUGUAAUUUUAAGAAGUUACAAAUUUAACAUAAAAAUGGUUUCUAUAUUAAAUUCAAUAGAUACUGGUCAUGAAGAUAUGAUACAUGAUGCAGAAGUAGAUUAUUACGGCUUAAGGUUAGCAACUUGUUCUUCAGAUAACAGCAUUAAAGUUUAUGAUAUAAAAAGUGGAGCUUCCACACUACUGGAUGAUUUAAAAGGCCACUAUGGACCUGUUUGGCAAAUAGCUUGGAGUCAUCCUAAAUUUGGAAACUUAUUAGCUUCGUGUUCUUAUGAUAGAAAAGUAAUCAUUUGGAAAGAGCAGCAAAGAAAAUGGAUAAAAUAUUAUGAGUAUGCAAAUCACGAUUCCAGUGUUAACUCUGUUCAGUUUGCACCUGCUGAGCUAGGUUUAAUUCUAGCUUGUGGAAGUAGCGAUGGUUCAAUUUCUCUUUUAACUUAUAAUGUUGGAAGUAACAUUUGGGAUGCCAAGAAGAUUCAAAAUGCCCAUGCAAUUGGAUGUAAUGCUGUUAGUUGGGCUCCAGCAAUUACCCCUGUUUUUGGAGAUGACACUACACCUGUGAAACGUCUUGUUUCUGGAGGAUGUGACAAUUUAGUAAAAAUAUGGAGGGAAGAUGGUGACAGGUGGAUUGAAGAGUCCAAACUUGAAGUACACUCUGAUUGGGUAAGAGAUGUAGCUUGGGCUCCAUCGGUAGGUCUCCACAGAUAUACCAUUGCCAGCUGUUCUCAAGACAGGAGAGUUGUUAUCUGGACUAGUAAUGAUUGUAUUAACUGGAAUUCAACAGUCUUACAUACAUUUGAUGAUGUAGUUUGGAAUCUUAGUUGGUCUUUAAAUGGAAAUAUUUUAGCUGUAUCUGGUGGAGAUAAUAAAAUCACCUUGUGGGAUCAAAACUCAGAAGGUAGUUGGCAAUGUAUUAGUGAUAUUGCCAAGGGCCAAGGUCAAAUCAAUAACCAAUGAUUUUGCUAUGUAAAUAGAUUUCAAAAUGUUACUUAUAUUUUGCAUUUUGUUCUGUAUUAAGUUUUAAUGAACGUAUAUUUUACUACUCUAAUUUUAAAAUUAAUUAAUAA